AUGACUACGUCUUUGGAAGAUAAAAUUGUCACGCCACUUUGCAAACGUCAGAAAACAUAUUCAAAGCCCCUGAAGAACCGGGCCAAGAUACGGCAACCAACUACCGUCGCCAUUAACCAUUUAGACCUAAGAAGACAAUCGGUGUGCACUCCGGUCAGAAGGAUCGGACGCGGCCCCACAGUUCUACCAAAGACUCCUCACCUGAAGAGACACCUCACUGCCCUGUCCUUAGCUGUCCUACCUGAGGAAGGUCUACACUCUCCGUCACCCUGUAUAACUUACCUGCCCCUCAAGGUCUACCUACUCAUCCGUCACCCUGCUACUUACCUGCCCUGCCGAAGGAAGGUCUACACUCUCCGUCACCCUGAUUAUACUUACCUGCCCUGCCCUGAGGAGGUCUUUACACUCUCCCGAAGGUCGUACACUCUCCGUCACCUGUAUUACCUUACCGCCUGCCCUGAGGAGGGCAUUUACACUCUCCGUCACCCUGUAUACUUACCUGUCCUACCCUUGAGCAAAGGUCUACACUCUCUGUCACCCUGCGUUAUACUUACCUGUCCUACCCUGAGACAGGUCUACCACUCCUCCGCUACCCUGUAUACUACCUGCCCUGCCCGAGGAAAAAGGUCUACACUCUCCGUCACCCUGUUGUAUACUUACCUGCCCUGCCCUGAGGAAGGUCUUAACACUCUCCGUCACCCUGCCAUACUUACCUGCCCUGCCCUGAGGAAGGUCUACACUCUCCGUUCACCUGUAUACUUACCUGCCAGCCUCCUGAGGAAGUCUACACUCUCCGUCACCCCUGAUAUACUUACCUGCCCUGCCCUGAGGAAGGUCUACACUCUCCCGUCACCCUCUAUACUUACCUGCCCUGCCACUGAAGGUCUACACUCUCCGUCACCCUGUAUACUUACCUGUCCUGCCCCUGAGGAAGGUCUACAACUCUCCGUCACCCUGUAUACUUACCUGCCUGCCCUGAGGAAGGUUUACACUCUCCGUCACCCUGUAUACUUACCCUGUCCUACCCCUGAGAGAAGGUCUACACCUCUGGUUCACCCUGUCUACACUCUCCUCACCCUGCAUACUUUACCUGCCCUUUGCCCUGAGGGAAGUCGUACACCUCGUUCAAACCUGCCUAUACUUUACCUGCCCCUGCCUGAGGAAAGGGUUCUACACUCUCCUCACCCUGUAUACUUACCUGCCCUAGCCCUGAGGAAGCGAUCUACACUCUCCGUCACCCUGCAUAUUACUUACUGCCCUGCCCUGAGGAAGGUUACCACUCUCCGUCACCCUGCAUACUACCUGCCCUGCCCUGAGGAAAGGUCUACAACUCUCCCGUCACCCCUGGUCUACACUCUCCGUCACCCUGCACUACACCCUGCCCUGCCUGAGAAGGUCUACCCAGCUCUCCGUCACCCUGCGUCGCUCUUAUCACUUACUGUCUACACUGACGAAGGUCUACACUUCUCUGUCAACCCUGCUAUACUUACUGCCCUGCCACUGAGGAAGGUCACACUCUCCGUCACCCUGUAUACUUACCUGCCCUGCCCUGAGGAAGGUCUACACUCCUCCGUCACCCCCGAACGUCUACACUCUCCGCUCACCCUGCUGGUCAUACUUACCUGGCCCCUGCCUCUGAGGAAGGUCUUACACUUUCUUCCCGUCCACACCCUCGUAUACUUAGCCUUGCUUCCGCCGCCUGUACGGAAGGGAAGGGCUCUACACUACUCCGUCACGCCUGCGCUUAUACUUACCUGCCUGCCCUGGAGCGAAGGUUCUACACUUGCUCCGUCACCCGGUAUACUUACUGUCCUGCCCUGGGCAAGGUCUACACUCGGUCGUCACCCUGUUAUCACUUACCUGUCCGGCCCUGAUGAAGGUCUACACUCUUCCUUCUCACCCUGUUAUACUUACCUGCCCUGCCUGAGGAAGGACUUACCACUCUCCGUCACCCCUGCUAUCUCUUACUGCCCUGCCCUGAGAAGGUCUACACUCUCCGUCACCCCUGCUUAA